CGGCCACCGACCUGCGGCGUGGGCUGCAGCUGCCCUCGGGCUGGACGACCGGGACGCGCUGGCGGGAGCUCCACCUCUGCACCCCAGCUUCCCUCUUGCCACAUCCCCAAGCCUCCACGAAGCUGGGGGGCCCCUUCUCCCACCCGUUCAUCAGCAGGAUGUACCCGCAGGGAAGGCACCCGACUCCAUUGCAGUCCGGCCAGCCUUUUAAGUUCUCAGUCCUGGAAAUCUGUGACCGAAUCAAAGAGGAAUUCCAGUUUCUCCAAGCUCAAUAUCACAGCCUCAAGCUGGAGUGUGAAAAGCUGGCCAGCGAGAAGACAGAGAUGCAAAGGCAUUACGUGAUGUACUACGAGAUGUCCUACGGCCUCAACAUUGAGAUGCAUAAACAGGCUGAGAUCGUGAAGCGGCUCAGUGCAAUCUGUGCCCAGAUGGUCCCGUUCCUCACACAGGAGCAUCAGCAGCAGGUUCUCCAGGCUGUGGACCGAGCCAAGCAGGUGACCGUGGGGGAACUGAACAGCCUCCUGGGGCAGCAGAACCAGCUCCAGCCGCUGUCCCACGCCGCCCCUGCACCUCUCACCCCACGCCCAGCUGGCUUGGUGGGCACCGGGGCUUCGGGGCUGCUGGCCCUGUCCGGGGCGCUGGCUGCGCAGGCCCAGCUGGCAGCUGCAGCCAAGGAAGAACGCGUGGGUGUGGACGCCGAGGGGUCCAGAGUGGACAGAGCUGCGAGCAGGAGUGCUUCCCCUUCGCCCCCUGAGAGUCUGGUGGAAGAGGAGAAUUCUAGCGGCCGAGGUGGCAAUGGGAAGCAGCAGAGAGCAGAAGAUAAGGAUCUGUCAGGGCCUUACGAAAGUGAUGAAGACAAGAGUGAUUAUAACUUGGUGGUGGAUGAGGACCAACCCUCAGAGCCACCCAGCCCUGCAACCACCCCCUGUGGAAAGGCACCCGUCUGCAUCCCUGCCCGCAGGGACCUCGCGGACAGCCCAGCCUCCUUGGCCUCCAGUUUGGGCUCACCACUCCCCAGAAGCAAAGACCUAGCCCUGAACGAUCUCUCCACAGGCACUCCUGCCUCUAGGUCAUGUGGUCCCUCUCCACCCCAGGACGCGUCCACCCCGGGACCCAGCUCUGCCAGUCACCUCUGUCAGCUGGUGGCUCAACCAGCACCAUCCACAGACAGCAUCGCCCUGAGGAGUCCCCUGACCCUGUCCAGCCCCUUCACCUCGUCCUUCAGCCUGGGCUCCCACAGCACCCUCAACGGGGACCUCUCCAUGCCCAGCUCCUACGUCAGCCUCCACCUGUCCCCCCAGGUCAGCAGCUCUGUCGUGUACGGACGCUCACCCCUGAUGGCAUUUGAGUCACACCCGCAUCUCCGAGGCUCGUCCAUCUCCUUGCCUGGCAUCUCUGGGGCGAAGCCGGCCUACUCCUUCCACGUGUCUGCGGAUGGCCAGAUGCAGCCGGUGCCCUUUCCUUCGGAUGCGCUGGUGGGCACGGGCAUCCCUCGCCAUGCUCGGCAGCUACACACACUGGCCCACGGUGAGGUGGUGUGUGCCGUCACGAUCAGCGGCUCCACACAGCACGUGUACACGGGCGGCAAAGGUUGCGUGAAGGUGUGGGACGUGGGCCAGCCAGGCAGCAAGACACCUGUGGCUCAGCUGGAUUGCCUGAACCGCGACAACUACAUCCGCUCCUGCAAGCUGCUGCCAGACGGACAGAGCCUGAUAGUGGGCGGCGAAGCCAGCACCCUGUCCAUCUGGGACCUAGCAGCACCCACACCACGAAUUAAGGCGGAGCUGACCUCUUCCGCCCCGGCCUGCUAUGCGCUGGCUGUCAGCCCCGACGCCAAAGUCUGCUUCUCCUGCUGCAGCGAUGGCAACAUCGUGGUCUGGGACCUGCAGAACCAGGCCAUGGUCAGGCAGUUCCAGGGCCACACGGACGGGGCCAGCUGCAUAGACAUAUCGGACUAUGGGACCCGGCUGUGGACUGGGGGCCUGGAUAAUACAGUGCGCUGCUGGGACCUGCGGGAGGGCCGCCAGCUUCAGCAGCACGACUUCAGCUCCCAGAUUUUCUCGCUGGGCCACUGUCCCAACCAGGACUGGCUGGCCGUGGGGAUGGAGAGCAGCCAUGUGGAGGUCCUGCACGUGCGCAAACCCGAGAAGUACCAGCUACGCCUGCACGAGAGCUGCGUGCUGUCGCUCAAGUUCGCCUCCUGUGGACGCUGGUUUGUUAGUACAGGCAAGGACAACUUGCUCAACGCCUGGAGGACACCCUAUGGGGCCAGCAUUUUCCAGUCCAAAGAGUCUUCCUCCGUGUUGAGCUGCGACAUCUCCAGGAAUAAUAAAUACAUUGUGACAGGCUCAGGGGACAAGAAGGCCACUGUGUACGAGGUGGUGUACUGAGCCCCGUCUGUCUACACCUCCAGGUCACCUGCCCAAGGAUGGCCACACAGACAGCUCCCUCCCUCCUGGCUGGGUGGGGCUGGAGGCACUGGGGAAA